GUUACAAAACAUGUCAAAAUCUAACUGCUGCGCGUCCUCGUUGUAAAUCAGAGUGUAGAACAGUCUUAAAGAAGAUGUUUAACGCUCAUCUUAGUGCCAAAGAUGAAAUGGUGGAGAAAUUCUUGGAUUAUGCAGCCAAGGGAGACUUGGAGAAAAUAUCAGCAAUGAUCUCCCAUUCGACCACACUGAUCAAUGAGAGAGGAGAACAAGGCUGGACUGCUUUAAUGUUUGCAGCAAGAAAUGGGCACUAUGAAGUGGCUAAAAUCCUCAUUUCAAAUGGGUGUGACAAAUCCUUGGUAAACAAGUCGGGUCAAACUGCGUAUGAUAUAGCCAAAUUUUGGGGCUACAAGCACAUUGCAAAGUUGUUCAUAAACGGUGGAGACAGUAAUCUUCAUAACCUUCUGCCAUGCACUGGUGUCGGGGACCAAGAAAUCUACUUCAACAGGGAAUUUCUCAACAGAAUGAGUGAAAAACGAACCAACUCGGAGUGGCUUGCAGCAAAACAGUCCUCACCUGAAACAGUUUUCAUUGUAUUUUACAACUUGAACCUUCUUGUCACGUCGGGACCAGACAAGGAAACAGCUAGUCAGCCCAAUGUGAAACUGUGCAAACUCAAUGCUAGCUCUGUAGAAGCAUUAUUAAAGAAGAUUGACACAACAGUUGUUUUCCUUGGGGUGGAGAAAGAGGUUAAAAAAUCCUCUUCAUCUCCGACGGCAGAUGAGGAUGGACUCGUUGCCUGGUUUGCUCUUAACACAGAUGAAGAUCCAACAGAGUGUCUGAAAUCCAUAGAUGCAAACAGCUUCUACAUCAAACGUCCAAUGCCAGAUCUCCUGUUCCUGAAUGAGGAUGAGGCAGGGGUCACUGCACACGCGAGGUCAGUGCUGGCCUGGCAUAGUCGCUAUAAAUUUUGCCCAACUUGUGGGUCUGAGACCAGAGUGGAUGAAGGUGGGCACAAGAGGACGUGUUUGAGAGAGGACUGCAAAAGUCUCAAAGGUGUCCACAAUACAUGUUACCCAAGAGUUGAUCCUGUUGUGAUUAUGCUGGUCCUUCACCCUGACGGAAAUCAGUGUUUAUUGGGAAGAAAGAAGAUUUUUCCUCCAGGAAUGUUCUCAUGUCUUGCUGGAUUCAUUGAGCCAGGUGAAACCAUAGAAGAGGCAGUAAGGAGAGAGGUGCUGGAGGAGAGCGGAGUUAGAGUUGGCCCUGUCCAGUAUGUGUCCUGUCAGCCCUGGCCAAUGCCCUCCAGCUUAAUGAUAGGAUGCCACUCCGUAGCCUUAUCCACUGACAUCAAAGUAGAUGAGAAUGAAAUUGAAGAAGCUCGCUGGUUCACUCGACAGCAGGUAGUAGAUGCUCUUUUAAAAGCUAAGCAGGCAGUUUUCACCAUGCCCCCGAGACAAGCUGUUGCCCAUAACUUGGUCAAACACUGGAUUGGUAUGAAUGCAAACCUCUAAACUUUGAAACAGUUAAUCAAUUGAACAUUCAGAGUUCAAUAAGAACACUACAUUACAAAUAUGUUUUAUUUGAUAUAUGAUGGUGAUUAUGGUCAUGAUUGACCUUGAAGCUGAAACAAUAAUAUUUGAAACACGUAUUU